GAAGAAGAAAAUCUAUAAAGGCUUGGGCAUUUCUUUCUGUGUGGUGAUUACCUUGACUAUCUUCCAAACGGGGACACUGCCCAAUCUGCCUUUCACUCAGAAGGAUAUAGAUUCUGAAGUUCCUAUAAAUGCUGUAAAACGUGACACUUACCCCGCACCUCAUGGUUUUUGGGCACUCAGGAAUGGAAAAAUUAGCUCCUCUCCUACUGAAGAUGUACAUCCUAGUAAAUGGGAUAUUAAAGCCAUCAACUGCAGUGCCAACGGGAACCUUACUAAUCUCGACUGGUUCAAAACACUGGAGCCUAACUUCCAACAGUUUCUCCUCUACCGACACUGCCGCUACUUCCCUAUGAUUAUUAACAACCCACAAAAGUGCAGUGGAGAUGUUGAUCUCCUAAUUGUGGUAAAAUCAAUAAUCACUCAGCAUGACCGCAGGGACGUUAUACGUAAAACCUGGGGGAAGGAAAAAGAAGUGAAUGGAAAGAAAAUAAGAACAUUGUUUCUUUUAGGAACAGCUAUGAAAGAAGAGGAAAGAGCCAAUUACCAAAAACUUCUGGAGUUUGAAAACCAGAUAUAUGGUGACAUUCUUCAGUGGGAUUUUCUGGAUUCCUUUUUUAAUUUAACUCUUAAGGAAGUACAUUUUCUCAAAUGGAUGACUAUUUAUUGCCAUCACGUGGCUUACAUCUUCAAAGGGGAUGAUGACGUGUUUGUGAGUCCCAAGAAUAUCUUGGACUUUUUGGGUGAUGACAAGAAACCUGAUCUGUUUGUAGGAGAUGUCUUAUACAAAGCUCGCCCCAUUCGCAAGAAAGAAAAUAAAUACUAUAUUCCAACAUCCCUGUACAACAAAAGCCUCUAUCCACCUUAUGCAGGUGGUGGAGGCUUUGUUAUGGCAGGCUCUUUGGUCAGAAAAUUGUUCAAAGCGUCUGAAACUUUGGAUCUGUAUCCUAUUGAUGAUGUGUUUCUCGGUAUGUGUUUGGAGGUUGUCAGGGUCAACCCUAUAAUGCAUGAAGGCUUUAAAACUUUUGGCAUUGUAAGAAACAAACACAGCAAGAUGAACAAGGAACCCUGCUUUUUUCGAAGCAUGCUUGUUGUUCACAAGCUAUUACCUGAUGAACUGCUUCAUAUGUGGGAACUAGUACAUAGUAACUUAACUUGUUCUCGAAAAGUUAACAUUCUUUAGUGUCUGUGGCAAAGGACCUGUGGAGGAAUUAGAAAAUUUAUGUAAAAACUUGAUUUCUUAUAUUUUAUUAAGACUGUUUCCCUGGCAGGUUUAGGGAUUCGGCUUCCUGAAAUUAUUUUUUUAAGUUCUGUCUAUGAAAAAUGGGGAUUUGCGACUUUUGUUUAGGGAUUCCAUGGAACUGUGCUCUGGGUACGAUAUAGGCAAUCAUUGUAAACAUGAAUGAAAGCUUGAUUUCAUCUCUGGGUCUAUCAGCUGUGCUGUACAUGAUGUGAAGGAGGCUCUCGUGUUUUUCUUUGGAUUUUUUUUUUUCCAACCACGGAGUCUUAUAUGGUACAUGCAGUGAUGCUUACCCCAAACUACACUUCAUGAAAGCUCUCAUUUCACAUAGUAACUUAACACUGGGUGUGCCUGCGAUAUGGUGUCAAGCCAUGUUUCUUUCCUGAUCACAGGGAUCUACAACGGUGCUGUCCAUACACCUGGCUCACAGACUGCGCAAACAAAGAAAAAUAAAUUAACUGUUUAAACUG